GUCGACGCUGCUAUCAAAACGGAAGACGACGCUGCCCGUCCGGCGCAUCGGACGGAUGUCUAGCGUCCACCGCGCACUGCGCGCAGACUCUCCUGGCGGCCGAUGGCUUGCACCUGUUGUUUCCUGCUGUCCUGUCCGUCUUCCGGAAGCUCGUCCUGGUGCCGCACUGGGCCGAAGCAUGCUCAAGCGUACUGUAGGCUGCCCAGCUUGUGUUGUACCCUCACACGCCGCACAGGUACUCUCUUAGGAUCCUGCGAACGUAGCCUCUCUCUGGCAACCGUCGACUCCAUAAUCAUCGCUAUACAUGACCAUAUCGUAUUCCAUCAAUACCCAAGUGAACCCGCCUUUCUUCCGCUAGUCCAACCAGCACACACUCCGACGAUGGUCGAGCAUAGCACCUGGCCGCGACCGCGUAGUCCGACGUCCUCCCUCCACCACCUUGACCCCGCCCCGUUCCCACUGGGUUGUCAUACGAUUGGGAUAGCUACCAGCCGCACAGGCCUCACUCCGAUGGAUAUUUUUAAUACGACUAGCGAGCCCGAACACCGGCGAUCCAAGCCACGCUAUCAAUCGACGUCUCGUUCGCGCUGCCUUAGUUGUGUCGGACAUGCGGCAAAUUUGGGAGUAUUUAUGCAACCCCUCGAUGCAUCUGCGACAACCACCGCGGCUUUUGCCUGAGCGAGUCUGCGAUGGUCCUCAUGAGUCACACUGAGACGUCCUUCUCGCAGUCCUCGACCCGGCAUUUCCACGGCCGAUCAUACGUUUGCACCCGCACUCAUCGUAACCAGGUAGUACAUGAAUGCUAGAGGCAUGCGAAGCCACUCUUCU